CGGGGCUUACGCGGUGUCUGUAACUGCCAGUCCCAGAGCCCUUCACGCUCCGUGGUCGCGCGCUUCUCGACCGGGUUGCGGGUGCUGCCGCACUGCACCCUUUUCUCGCGGAUUGUGUGCGGGCGCCCGCAGUCUCUCCCGGUUCUGUCUCCUGUCUCAGUCUCCAGCUUGGGAGCCCGAGACCUUCCCGGGAGAGAUGGAGCAGCUGGAGUCCAGCGCAGAGGCCAUGGAAGAAGUGACAUCACUCUCCUUCAACCACCCUCUGUUCCAGCAGGAAGACAAAAGAGGGAUCACCUACCGGAUCCCAGCCCUGCUCUAUGUGCCUCCAGCCCACACCUUCCUGGCCUUUGUGGAGAAGCGUUCCACGUGCAGGGAUGAGGAUGCUCUCCACCUGGUUCUAAGGCGAGGGGUGAAGACUGGGCACUCAGUACAGUGGGAGCCUGUGAUGUCACUGAUGGAAGCCACAUUACCUGGGCAUCGGACCAUGAACCCCUGUCCUGUGUGGGAGCAGAAGACUGGCUGUGUAUACCUCUUUUUCAUCUGUGUGAGGGACCAUGUCACCGAACGUCAUCAGAUCUUGUCAGGCAGGAAUGCUGCCCGUCUCUGCUUCAUUUGUAGCCAGGAUGCUGGCUUUUCAUGGAGCAAGGUGAGGGACCUGACUGAGGAGGUCAUUGGGCCAGACGUGAAACGGUGGGCUACCUUUGCUGUGGGCCCAGGUCAUGGCAUCCAGCUGGAGUCGGGAAGGCUGGUUAUCCCUGCAUAUGCCUACUGCAUCCCUUACCAUGGAUUUUUCUUUUCACUACCAUGCAAAGUCAAACCUCACUCCCUGAUGAUCUACAGUGAUGAUCUAGGAACCACAUGGCACUGUGGUCAGCUCAUUAAGUCUGCAGUAACAGUAGAGUGUGGAGUGGCAGAGGUGAUUAGGAGAACUGGUGACCCUGUGCUGUAUUGCAAUGCCAGAACACCAAACAGGUGCCGGGCAGAGGCUGUCAGUACUGACUAUGGUGAAAGCUUUCAGAGAGCAUCUCUGAGCCUGCAGCUUUGUGAGCCCCCACAUGGUUGUCAGGGCAGUGUGGUGAGUUUCCGGCCCCUGGAGAUCCCACAUGGCUACCAGGACGUUAGUGACAAAGAUGCAUCUACCAUUCAGCAGAACCCUGUGCUGGACACUUCACUGGGUCUUCGGAAGAAAGCUGGCAGUCUGUCAGAGUCAUGGCUCUUGUACUCACACCCAACCAGCAAGAAACAGAGAGUCAACUUAGGCAUUUACCUCAACCAGACCCCUUUGGAGCCUGCCUGCUGGUCCCACCCCUGGGUCUUGCACUAUGGGCCCUGUGGCUACUCUGAUCUAGUUGCGCUGGAGAAGGAGGGCUUAUUUGGGUGUUUGUUUGAGUGUGGGACCAAAUUUGAGUGUGAGAAGAUUGCUUUCUGCCUGUUUACAUACCAAGAGGUCCUGAGCCACAUACAAGGGGUCUGCACCAACCUUGGUGGGAACCCCGAAGCACUUCAAAGCUAACUGUUUGACUUAGGACACAUCUUCCCGUAGAAGGGAAACGGUAGAAGGUAGCCCAGCGAGGGGAAUGGUGACAGGGAAGACAGAGGUCGUCAGUGUGUACAGAGAACCCAGAGAUACAUAUUCUGUUCCCUACCUGUUUUCACUUUUCCUUCUCCAAAGGGUAAAUAGAAGCCAUGGCUAUGACUGGAAAGAGCACUGAAGUGAGACUUGGGAGACUGUGAGGUCUCAGGCUCUGCGUCAGGCUCAGUUGGACAGGUCACUUGAAGUCGUAUCUCCAUUUGUGAAAUGAGAGGACUGGUUCUGUGAUUCCUUCCUUCCUACCCCUAGGAGAGGCAGAGGAACUUUGUGCUUCAUGCUCAGCAAGUCCUGGCUGCAUCAGGGACUCUGAUCUCAAAAUGAAAGACUCUUUUUUUUUUUUUUCAAAUGAAUACCUUUCCAAAAGUGAUGCUGGCACGAUCCAGAUAGUCUGCAAGCUGGCAGAUCCAGAUAGUCUUGUUUUCAAUAAUGCAAGCACUUAACAUCCCUCCAAUCAUGCUUAGAAUUGUACAGGCUCCAUACACUAGAGGAAUGGGGCAAAAUAUUAAGAGCCACUAGGUCACUUACCUUCUUCAGCUUUGCAGCUCUGCUCAACCUUCCCUUCCUCACCCAGAAACUUCUCCUAGGGCAAAAAUGAGCUCAAUGACAGUGGUCCUCUGAGGGCAUUAGGCCUAUGGAAGAUGAACCUGAAGUUCAUUUGUUAGGAUCGUUCCUGCUAGAACAAAGGACAUAAGUUAGAACUUUAAAACCAUGGACAAAAUUUUCCAUUGUCUUUAGCUCAAGGAGCUCACAAUUUGUGGGCCUAGAAGAGAGAGAAAGCUAAGGAAAUAAAUUCAGGACAAUCGAUAUAGCUGGUGUGAUAAUGUUGUUGUGAUGGUAGCUCCUGCUGGCAAUGUCUCAGUAUGCAUCUGCUGCCCUCUGGCUUGUUCAGGAUUCUGGCUUUCCUUCAACUUUGUUUUUCUCAGAAUGCUGUCCUGGUCCAGUCAUGCCGUCUUCACCAGUAAGAAGAUCUCUGUACUCCCAAAUCUCUCAACUAGGCUUAUUUAUUUGGACCUACUAAAGUUAAUAUUUGUAAAGUAGGCUUGGGAUAAAACUUUGCCAAUGCUGGGUCUCUUAGGUUAUGCCAGACUGGUUGGUCUUACCUUAGAUGGCUUGCCUAUAGCCUGAUAUUAGGACAGAAAUAGUACCAUAAGAGAUUUAUUUUUCGUCCCUCUUUUAGGAGAGUACUGCUUUAAACUGGCAUCAGCUUUCCUUAUUUAGUGCUGUGUAAUGAUGCAGAGUGUCUUAGUCAUGGCACAUAGCUCAGGGGCUUCAGUUAAAUGGUCAGAUGGGGGAAAGUCUUCUAGGAUGAAAGUGGAGAGUAACUUCACCCAGUUUCCCAUAUGUCUUAAGCCUGUGGCUUAGUGUGACUUUUAAAACUUCUUGGCUUCAGUGACAUUUGCCAAACUGAUUUUCCACUCUAUAGCUAUACUUAAAAAAUAUUUUAUUUAUUUGUUUAUUUAUUUUGGAUAGAGACAGAGAAAUUAAGAGGGAAGGGGAAGAUGGAGAGAGAGAGACACCUGUAACACUUUCACUCCUUAUGAAGCUUCCCUCCUGCAUGUGGAAGCUUGAACUUGAGUCGUUGAGCACUGUAAUAUGUGCGCUCAACCAGGUGCACCACCAGCUGGCUCCUAUAUAGCUUGACUUUUAUCUAAGUAAGCUUUCAUCUGACUGUUUUUCUAGUGCCUGUACACAAUACAAGGUACUCUUUCUCUGUUGCCACUCCUACAUUCAGUGUCAUUUGUGACUCCCCACUGUCUACUAAAGGGGGUGUGGACAUUUAGCUUGACAUGAACCAGGGGCCGGGGACUUCCAAUUUCUGGGGGAAAUAACAAAUUUUUAUUUUCAUGAGGUUCACUGUUGGAGACCUCUUUCAUGUAGGCAAGUAGAUUGUGAUGGGAGUUUGGACAUAGGCAGAAUUGAGGUGGAGCAGGAAGGAGAAGAGAAAAUUAAAAAGGCAGCCCUCUCCUGAGUAGUAGAAACUCUUUGGUCAACAAAACCUUUCUGAGCACCAUACUCAAAAUUGAUAGGAAUAGGGAGGAUAGCUCAGUUUUAUAAAUGGGGAUGACAGAUGAAGAGAAUGUCAAGAUUCAGUCACCUAGUGGCAUGGGCCAGGGUAUUAGUACUCAUAAAGUGCCUCUUCUCUUAAUAAAUUGGUCUCUGCUUCCCUUCCUCACUUCACAUUUGCUCCUUCUUAGUGACUGACACUGAAACUGUCAAUAGGGAAAAGAAAGUGUGUAUUCUUCAUCCCAGGAAAAAGGAGGAAACUAGGUUUAGGACCAGGGUUACAUCAGAAUGAGGACCAGAGAAAGGGACAGAGGAUGAAAGAGAGGGACAGAAUGGGUGAUGUGAAGAAAAUGAACAGCAGAGAAGAGUCCUUGCACUAGUAGGAAGAGCCACAGGCCCAGACGUGAGGUCUCAGUUGGGGGAGAUGGUAUAGGUGGUAGCUGCUGUGAAGAAGAAAUGACAAGAGGCUGGAACAGUUUCCCAGAACAGGUGGUAAGAGAAAGAGGCAUUCAGGUUAGACUUCAGAUAAAUUCCCACCCAUCCCUGAAAACUUGAAGCUAACUCUUAUUAUUCUAUUUACUAGUGGCUAGCAGAAAUAGUCCUUAGUGCUCCAGCUCAGUUUGUGCAGGUUGCUCAGCCCAAGGUCUUGAGGACCUGGGCCAUAUGCCAUGACAUUGGUGCAGUGACUGAGAGAAUGCCCUUUGCAGCCAUUCUUGUGUUGUUAGAAUGCCAAAGAGAGGGUAAGUGGUGGCAGCUGUGCAGAAAAGAGGAAAGCAGAUUAGAGGGUGUAGAUGUGAGGCAUGAAGAGUGAACUGCAAGGCAGUAGUCCUUUACUCCAAGAUGUCCUUAACUACGUAAACCCCUUGGAAUGAUUCAGUCCUGCACACAUGACCCAGCACUGAAAAUGUAGAAGGACUGAGUUGGCAUCUUCUGUUGUGAUGUGUACCUUUCAGCCUACCAGUCCUGCUAAUGCUCCCUAGUUCUGGACCUCUAAUGUUUAUUUCAGAUACUUGUGGUUUGGAUACAUUUUUGCUUUGUUUCUCCUGAUCACUAGUCUCCCCUUGGCUACCCACAGGGUAUCAUACAACUGCGGUCAUAGAGCAGAGACCUUGAGGCUGCAGUCUCCCCACCUUCCUCCAAGGUGAUAGGAUUGGAUACUUCUCCUUUGAUUGAAAGAGGCUGCUCAGUCUUGAGUAGGCUAUUAAUUUUUCCCACUUCACUGUUCAAUAGCUCUUGUUUCAUCCUCUCCCAUGUUGGCAGAGUGCAAGUCUGAACCACCCUUUGGUCCAUGUCACGGGUUUAUUGUGGCCUGUGUUACUCUUCUAGGUCUCUGCCAGGCUUUAGACUUCUUGAUGGUGAAGGUCUACUCCUCUGUGUGUCCUGUUUGUCUUGAAUCACAACUUCUUUAUAAAUAAAUAUAUAUAUAUAUAUAUAUUUAUCACUUUUCUAUCAUAUUCUGAAUUCCCAGAAGGUAAGGACUGUGGUUCCUCUCGUCAUUCCCUGCACCCAGCAUAGAGAUGGACACAGAAUAGACAGAUGUAGAGUUAAAUUGAGUGAAUACUAGAUUCAUUGGCCUUUUGGGCCACAAAUAUCCCUACAGAGAGAAACAUGAUGUUCUCGACCUGCUAAGCACUUACCCUAGUGGGUCUUUGGUGUGUGGACCUGUUUCAGGUCAAUCACAGUAGGUCCUGAGAGCAAACUUUUUUCUGACUUGGGUCAGUUUGGUCUUGCCUGGAUGCUCCAGGAUCACAGGCCCAGCUCACAGCGAAGCUUUGUUUGGGGUUCUCACUAGACUGGUAUUCCCUUUCUGUCACUGCAAGGAUAUGCUAUGAGUGACAACUCCACUGGGUCUCAAAUGAAGACGUUGAGGCUCAAUGUAUCUGUGCUGUCUUGGCUCUGAUAGCAACUUCCAGAAAUGCUUUCUGUACCAUGGACAAUGCCAUGUCUCCUUUAAACAAGAAAGAUGAAUAAAGAACUUUAUUAAUCUU